UUUCGAAGGACGGAGCUGUGCACGCACGAUUUUCAAAGAGCAACAUCCUUCUUCAAAAAUGCCAGGGGAACGAAGUCUCACCGCUGAAGAGGCAUUAGAGAUGUUCUUUAGCCUACCUGACGGUUCGGAAAGUGAUGUGUCAAGUGAUUCGGGUGACGAGUUUACCGUACCAUCAACCUCGGCUUUGGCUCCGAUAGAGUCAUCAGAAAACGACGAAAACAUCGAACCACCGCCCAAGAAAAGACCCAAGAAGGCAUACGCACGAAAAAAGAAACCUAAGAAAGCGCGCGCUAAGCCCAUUGAUCAUGACAGUGACCAUGAAGAGGAAGAAGACGAUUCCCUAUCAGCAGGAUGGAUAGCCGGGCAGCCUUGCGACAUUCCAGUGAGCAUCACAGAAAAUCCACCCACAUACUCGCAAAAACUAAAUGUAGACUGCAGCGCAUGCGACGCGUUUUCUCUGUACUUCGAUGAAGAGGUGUGGAAGAUGAUUGUUGAGGAAACAAACCUCUAUGCUCUUCAAAGAAUGAUGCCAAACUGGCGCACGCUGACAGUGAGCGAGCUCAAGGCUUACAUAGGGAUGCUCAUUCUAAUGAGCAUUCAUAACUUGCCUCAAGUGUAUCUGUAUUGGAGCUCAGACAAGUUUUUCAAUCUUCAAGAAAUAUCCAAUCGUUCGACACUAACUACACCAUCAAUCUUAGAGACCGUGACCACUUUGCGUCCACAGCAGUCGGUGAAGCGGCUCCAGAAUUCAUCAAUGCCGGAGCACAUGGAGGCACGGGCUCCUGUUGUGCUUGAGCAGCUGGCCCUCUAG